AUCGAAUAUUUUAUAAGCCUCAUCUAUUAUCAUCGCUGGUUACUAUUCAAUAGUCAAAUAUAACUUCCCGGGUUGAACUGCCGUGCCUCGGUGUUCUACUCUAGCCUCGUCCUUGAUAAGGUUUAAGACGGUCUGGUCCAUGGCACCAUUCGCCCAUUCGACCCAGAAAAUUGGCCCCUUCAUUAAGGAACUCGGCAGAGAUUGCCUCUUAUUUGACCCAAAAAGAAAUCUAAUUCCACAUUACUAGCAAGAUCUCUUUUGCCUUGCACUAAAAAUACUCUCUUCGUCGCUGUUUACUAAGCUUUUACCCUACCCGCUCUUUUCUGGAUCCAUCGCCAUAAGCUCGACGGUGGGGCGACAGACAAAAAAAGGCUCUUUCGAAACAUUGAUAUAGACAGCCUACCUCCUCGCACACGGCUGCUGAUCCCUCAAACAAAAACAAACACGCCAAAGGGGUCCCUCGAAUAUAUUUGCUCACCACCAGGCGAUAGGGUGACCAGAUAUGGACUCCACCGACCGCGAUCUCGCCGCCGUAGGCGCAGAUAUCUCCAGCCAGCGCGCCCCUAUGACCAGCGGCCGCCAAUUGAGCCAUGAAGCUGAAAGGAUAGGCAGCGGAUACUCCUCGAACUCCUCCUCCUCCGAUCAUCCAUAUGCCGAUCCCAUUGGUCUGAGUCGGACACACUCGACCCAGGCGGACCUCGAGCGUCGCCACACUUCUAUAAGCCGCAUACAAACAGCCAGGACGCAACAUAGCGCCACGGUUGGGAGGGGUAUCGGGUAUAAGGAGUCGAAGAAGCCGCUGCCGAAUUUUGGAUAUGGGAAGUCGUAUCCCCCGCCACUGCCAGCGAAGGAGGAAUAUGUCGUAGAGUUUGAUGGCCCGGACGAUCCUCUGCAUGCGCAAAACUGGCCGUUUAAGAAGAAGCUGUAUACGGCUAUUAUGCUUGGUCUUACUACCUUCACUGCGGCGUUCGCUUCGAGUAUCUUUUCGGCUGCGAUUCCUACUGUCUCGAAACAAUUCCAUGUCGGAGAGGUGGUUGGGACACUCGGUGUAUCUCUCUACGUUCUCGGCUUCGCCACGGGGCCGACGUUGUGGGCGCCGCUGUCCGAGUUGAAAGGACGGCGACUCCCUAUUCUCAUCGCCAUGUUCGGAUUUGCCAUUUUCCAAUUCGCAGUAGCUGUCGCCAAGGACCUGCAGACAGUUCUCAUAUGUCGAUUCUGGGGAGGAUUCUUCGGCGCAUGCCCUCUCUCCGUCGUUGCGGCGGUAUUCUCGGAUAUGUUCGAUAACAAAACAAGAGGACUGGCCAUCACGGUAUUCUCCAUGACGGUUUUCAGCGGUCCGCUCGUUGCCCCAUUUAUUGGAGGUUUCAUCACCGAAUCUUAUCUUGGCUGGCGCUGGACCGAGUACAUCUCCGGCAUCAUGGGAAUUGCGUGUUUCGUUCUGGAUCUCAUAUGGUUGGAGGAGACCUAUCCUCCUGUCGUCUUGAUCGAGAAGGCAGCGGAACUUCGUCGUAGAACCAAGAACUGGGGAAUCCACGCAAAACAAGAGGAAAUCGAACUUGAUUUCAAGGAGCUUGUGACGAAGAAUUUCAGUCGUCCUAUGCGCCUGCUCUUUACCGAGCCCAUCAUCUUCCUUCUCUCACUCUACAUGGCCUUCAUCUACGGCCUUCUCUAUCUCUUCCUGACAGCCUACCCAGUCGUCUUCCAGGGCGUCCAUGGCAUGUCGCCUGGUGUUGGCGGCCUGCCGUACUUUGGCAUGAUCUUAGGACAGCUGUUUGCUGGAGCCUACAUUGUCUACAUCCAGCCGGCUUAUAACCGCAAGUUAGAUGCGAACAACGGUGUCCCGAUUCCCGAAUGGCGUCUCCCUACCGUGGUUAUUGGAGGUGCCGCUUUCGCUAUUGGAUUGUUUUUCUUUGGCUGGACCGGAUAUACCAAGAGUAUCCACUGGAUUGUGCCCACGCUGUCGGGCCUGUUCACCGGAUUCGGUCUUCUAACGAUCUUCCUGCAAUCCUUCAAUUACCUUAUUGAUGCCUACCUCAUGUUUGCCGCCUCCGCAAUUGCAGCAAACACCUUCCUCCGUUCCCUUGCAGGUGCCGGAUUCCCCCUAUUCGCCCGUCAAAUGUUCAAAGCUCUUGGAGUAAAUUGGACAGGAACUCUCCUUGGAUGUGUGGCCACGGUGCUUGUGCCGAUUCCAGCGGCCUUCUGGUACUACGGAGAGCGCAUCCGUGCGAGAAGUCCUUAUGCUCCCACUGCUGCUCCACAACCAGGCCCCGAUUCUCAGGACGAUGAGGAAUCACAUGCUGAAGCUGAUCCUUAUGCUGGAGGAGCAGGCCUUGAGGAGGUCGAAAAAUCGCGCAGCAGCGAACGCAAUGCUCGCAAUGCUCGCACCAAUACUGGUGAUAACGCUGUGUAAAGUUUUCUUUCUUGCGUCAAUACCAUAUGUGGAGAAUCUGUGCUGGGGGUUUGGAUCAAGUUGUAUGAAUCGUUUGGUUAAUUUGUAGUAUGGGGGUCUUUUAAUUUUGGAUACCAGUUAGCGGACAUUAUUUCGUUUUACCAUAUUUAGCAAAUUUAUAAAGAUAAUUAAUUGACAAAGUUG